UGGCCCACCAUGGCACAGCGGCUCCAGGAUGAACUGGCUGCUUUCUUCUUUGAAUAUGACACUCCCCGAAUGGUGCUCGUACGCAACAAGAAGGUGGGCGUCGUCUUCCGCCUGAUCCAGCUUGUGGUUCUUGUCUACGUCAUUGGGUGGGUGUUUGUCUACGAGAAGGGCUAUCAGACCUCAGGUGGCCUCAUCAGCAGCGUGUCUGUGAAACUCAAGGGUCUGGCCGUGACGAAGCUCCCAGGCCUGGGCCCCCAGGUCUGGGAUGUAGCUGACUACGUCUUCCCAGCCCAGGGGGACAGCUCCUUUGUGAUCAUGACCAAUUUCAUUGUGACCCCCCACCAGGCUCAAGGCUACUGUGCAGAGCACCCAGAAGGGGGUACAUGCUCAGAUGACAGUGGCUGCACUCCAGGGAAGGCAGAAAGGAAGGCUCAAGGCAUCCGCACAGGCAAGUGUGUGGCCUUCAACGACACUGUGCAGACGUGUGAGAUCUUUGGCUGGUGUCCUGUGGAGGUGGAUGACAAUGUCCCACGUCCUGCCCUUCUCCAAGAGGCCGAGAACUUCACUCUCUUCAUCAAGAACAGCAUCAGCUUUCCACGCUUCAAGGUCAACAGGCGCAACCUGGUGGAAGAGGUGGAUGCGGCCUACAUGAGGACCUGCCUCUAUCACAAGAUCUUGCACCCGCUGUGCCCUGUGUUCAAGCUGGGCUAUGUGGUCCAAGAGUCAGGACAGAAUUUUAGCACCCUGGCUGAGAAGGGCGGGGUGGUCGGCAUCACCAUCGACUGGAACUGUGACCUGGACUGGCAUGUGCGGCACUGCAAACCCAUCUACGAGUUCCAUGGACUGUAUGGGGAGAAAAACCUGUCUCCAGGCUUCAAUUUCAGGUUUGCCAGACACUUUGUGGAAAACGGGACCAACCACCGCCACCUCUUUAAGGUGUUUGGGAUUCGCUUUGACAUUCUGGUGGAUGGCAAGGCUGGGAAGUUUGACAUCAUUCCCACAAUGACGACCAUUGGCUCUGGGAUUGGCAUCUUUGGGGUGGCCACGGUUCUCUGUGACCUGUUGCUGCUCCACAUCCUGCCCAAAAGGCACUACUACAAGCAGAAGAAGUUCAAGUACGCGGAGCGCAUGGGGCCAGGGGCGGGUGAGCGUGACCCCGCAGCCACCAGCUCCACCCUGAGCCUGCAGGAGAACAUGAAGGCAUCCUGACCCUCAGCCCCUGCCUCCUGACUGGACACAGCAUGAGGCUUCAGGCAGGGGCCCUGCUGGGGGCCCAGGACAGAACGGUCUCCGCAGGAGCUCUCCACGCUCUUAGCCAGGCAGACACUAGGCCUCGGCAGCCCAGAGGGGACACUGGGAGAGACCUGAGCAAGUCUGGGCUCCGGCCCCAACUCCACAACCCCCAGAGGGAGCUUCGCACCAGCCUCAGCCACUCCUGGUCUAGAGGGGCUGGGGCUGGGCAGGGCUCCUCUCACACCCCUCCGUCAGAGCUGUGUGCUUCUCUCUGGGCCCUCAUGCACCGCACUGCCUCGUGUCUCCAGAUUCAUGCUUUCCCAUAUGGCAGACACUAGCCACGAUGACCACUUAAAUUUAUAUUAAUUUAAACUGAAUAAAAUAAAAAAAAUCAGUUCCUAAAACUAGCCACAUUACAACUGCUAAAUAGAUACAUGUGCCUAAUGGCUGCCAUAUUGGACCACAUGGACUAUUGCAGAAAGUUCUACUGGACAGCUCUGCUUGAGCCCUGUUUCUUACUGGCCCCAGAUUUUCCUAGGGAGCUUAUCAACAGUGCAGGCACCCAGGUCUACCUCAGAUCUCCUGAACUAGAAUCUCUAGGGCUGGCCACAGAUAUGCAAGGAUGGCAAACUCCCCAGGCCAUUUCAAAGACUAAAGUUUAGGAACCAUUCCCGAUUGGGUAUCAGAUUUAGCCUGGGCCUGCCUGACCUGGCUGAUGCAGGUUUUGAGUAGGUGUGUGGUAUACCUACAAGUCACAUGGUCUCACGUACACACCCCCAUGUACAUGAACACACUCAUCGGCAUGCACACCCCCCUCCCAUCCACACUCUGGUUUGGAACAGCUUGGGCCCUGCAAACACAACCAUCUGAAUGUACCUCUGCCCUCAAGUACAGACACAUGGUCCAUGCCACAAUACCUCCAUGGAGAUAUGCUUCUCCCUAAGUGUGUCAGGCCAGGAAAGUCCCUUCAAGCCAUGAAUCCUCACUCAGCUACCUUGGGUUGGGUUGGAGCCCUGGCCAAAUCCCGGGCUCCCUGCUUGUGGCCCAGCCUCAGCACCUAAGGCCUGCCCAAUUCUGUCUGAACACAAGGUCUGGGGAAAGGGAGUGGUAGAGUACAAUAAAAGGAGGACAAACUUCUGC